UCACGAGCCUAGGAAACUAAGCUUAUGCAAUGACACCUCUAUGUAACAAAAGUCAUGUCAUGCUUGUUUUUUACAAUUGUCUGAAAAAAAAUUUAAAGAUACAGCUGACAUGAACUCUAUGUAGAAACUCUCUCUCUCUCUCUCUCUCUUACAAACUGAAAGUUUCAAACUUUAACCCCCAAAGUUCUCAGAGUCGAGAUCUCCACAUCACAUGGGAGGCUCAUUCUUCAUCACUUGCACACCGCUGUUCAUCGUCGUCGCCGUCGUUGCCCUCAUUCUUCUCCAAUCUCCGAACAGAGCCGAGUCGCAGACUAUCCAAUCUGCGCAUCUGCUCGAUCUUCUGAUCCGAGAUUACACGUUCAGAAAAUUCGACAUACAUCUGAAAACGGGCACGACCCAGAAAAUCAAUCUGCCGUUGAAUUUCUCGGGAAUCAGCAUCGAAACGGGGAGGUUCAGAUGCGGUAGUCUGAGAAGGUACGGAGCGCGUAUCGGAGAAUUCCAUAUGGGUCCAGGCACAAUGGUUCAACCAUGCGCCGAGAGAGUCAUGGUCGUGAGACAGAACCUCGGUUCGAACUGGUCUUCUGUCUACACCACCGGUUUUAACUUAACCGGUUACGGUUUUGAGCUCGCUUCGUCGGUUCUCGGUUUAUUGGCCUACAAUGCCAACCCCGACGGCGUAGCUAACAACCCUUAUGAGGUUAACAUUCUGGGCACGGAUCAAAACCCGAUCUUGAUCGAUUUUUGGAACAGCAAUGCAAGCAGGAACCCUAAAACGACGAAUUUUUCCAUCGCGUGUGCGAGCUUCACUAGAAAUGGAAAGGCAACGUUCAGACAGCAAGUUUCGCCGUAUGUAUGCACUGGGACAACACAAGGGCAUUACGCAUUAGUGACAAAAGCUCCGAGGCCAGAGGAGAAAGGACCAGAAAACGGCGGCGGCGGCGGAGGAGUGGUGGAUUCUCCGGAGGCCGCGAGAGGCGGCGGCAGCGGACUGAGCCGGUGGAAAGUGGCGGUGGGAAGCGUGGUAGGGAGUGGGAUAGGGGCGUUUCUACUGGGGCUUUUGGUGGUGGCGAUGGUGGUGAAGGUGAAGAAGAAAGCCAUGAGAGAGGAGAUGGAGAGGAGAGCUUAUGAAGAAGAAGCCCUUCAGGUAUCAAUGGUGGGUCAUGUUAGGGCUCCUACUGCUUCUGGAACAAGGACUGUUCCCAGAAUCGAUGGUAGGUAUUGCGUUAACAAUCUUCAUCCUUCUUGAUGGUAACUUUGUUCUUAGUUCAUUUUUUUUUCCUUUUUUUUUUUUUUUGUUUUACCUUUGUUUGAUUCUUGUGUUUAUGGUUUCCAGAAAGAAAAAAAAAUCUCUUUUUUGUAAGAUCAAUUUCAUUAUUCUUUAGGGAAUUCAUUAAU